AGGGAGGGAUGAUAUUUAGUAGAAAGGCUUUUAAGUGGUGAAACCUGCCAGGUUUGAUACACACAACAUUUCAGUACAAGAAGAACACUGUGUCCUUACUGCUUGUCUACAUAAUGAAGCCCUGCUUAGCCGCCCUUUUGGCAUGUGUAAUAGUCUGUGAGACCUUUGCAAUCAAUUCGAUCAAUAUCAUUCCGGACCUUUCGCCGGAUGUGGCCGUACCAGUCACUACCAACACUGUGAGCCUUCUGAAUCCAAAUUGUUACUUUGAAAAUGCCACACUGUGUCCUAUCAAAACCCAAUGCUUUGUGUGGCUUGUGUCUUCACUUACCUCAGCAACAAGCACGUACGAUCAGAAGAAACUAACAAACGGUUUCCUCGCUCCAUAUACAAGUGCCUACACUUCUACUGGAACUGGUUACUCCACAACCCCGAUCAAUAGUCUGGAUAAAAUACCCUGCCCUGGCACUUCUCCUUCCAAUUUUCUAGUUGGAGCAAGUGGUAUUUGUCAGACUUCUGAGUGCAAUGGUGUAUUGCCUACAGGAGCAAAUAUGAGCUUUAAGUAUAUUCUGGUCAAUAACACCAACGGAAUUCUUGCAGAGACACAAUGGUCGUCCAACAUUGCUCUGAAAAACGUACAAAGUCCAGACAGUAUCGGUAAUGGUUAUGCUGGAAGGUCUGCUGCAAUGGUGGUGAUAACAGCAAUUCUUUCCGUUGCUGCUGCUUUGCUUUUGCUGCUUCUACUUAUUGCCUUAAUUCUGGCCUGCUGCUGCCGCAGAGGGAAAACACAGACACAUGAAGUGAGGCGUCAAACUUCGCUGAUCGGAUCCCUCCGUAUUCCCAGUUAUGACGUGCACAACCUGAAGAAUCCUUCCCCCUAUGACAACCCUGCAUACGAGCAAGAACUGAAUAAGAAGAGAUACACCACAAACUCCACCCUGCCCCAGAAAACCACCACGGUUAUCACUCACGUGCACUCUAGUGAUCCAGAUAACAUUACCCUGCAAAAAAUGUGAAAAAAAAGAAUGUUGCUAAUUUUCACAGCAGUAAAUCUGACACUUUAAGAAAUAAUUCAAUCAAAUGCAAAUGUGGCUAAAAAUGAAAAUGGAGUCAAACUAGUUGGAUAAUUGUUAAAAUUCUCUUUGAUACUACUUUUGCUUCUACUGCAAAUAUUAAUAAUAUUUCAGUUAUUAGUUAUUAAUCUUAAAAUAAAUAAUCUUUAUUUAAAUAGCACAGUAUUUAUGUUUGCAAUAAAGCUCCAUACAUCAGUUAUUAACCUAUUUUAAAUAGUCAAAUAUGAUAAAAUAACUCAAAUUAGGUUUGGUUUAGGUUUAGAAUUAUAACUUCUAAAAAUUCUAGAGAGCCACUUUGAUCAAAAUGAUUAAAUGGGUUAACAAUGAAUUUUAAUAUGUUUAAUAGUUUGUUAGCCAUUGUACAAUUGUAAUGAACUCUUAAACUCUCAAAUCAAUGCUUUUUCUGCACUGUAAUCAAAGAAUUUUUCAUAUAUUACCAAAGAGUAUAUUAUAGAAGCGGUAUUGGAUAAAUACUGUAAGCAGAUGUUGGUGGAAACAGUGUACAUAGCAGAAUAUAAGAUAAAGGUUUAUACAGAGGUAAUGAGAAAUUAUACUUAAGUUAAAAUAAAUUCAAAGUUGUACACGAUGGAACAUAUCCAGACAAAAAUGUGCUCAAAUGAAAGAAACAAAAAAGAUAUAUAUUUUUUUAAUAUUAAGAUUUUUCAAAAAUUGAAAAAAUUAAAAUGUAUUAAAACAAAAAUCAUAUUUUUAUCUGAUGAAAUUAAAUUAACAUCAUGCUUUUUGUUCUUUUUUUUCUGUUUAAAUUUUUAAUUAUAACCAUUAUCUUCACACGAACUUGCUGCCUAACCCUUUAUGCUAGCUAUAUAAUCAAUUACCUGCAUUAGCAAAGAAAACAAGCUAACUUAGUUAAAUAUAGACAGAAGUUAAUGUUGGCAAAUUAGCAAAACUUACUUCAACAUACCUCUAUUUUUCAAAUUGAGAUUUUGCUUAGAAUUUACUGAGGUAAGGCUAGUGGCACCGAUCCUCAAAUUCCUAACUGCGGUCUAAUGGCUUAUUCAUACUCAACACUUAAAGUGUGGUAAUGAAAUACAAUCCUUUAAGACUUUUUCACCAUUUAGUUUAUAAAGCUUUGGGUGUGUUGUGUUUGGGGUGACUGGAAUGUAGAUAAGAUAAGAUAAGAUAAGAUAAGAUAAGAUAAGAUAAGAUAAGAUAAGAUAAGAUAAGACAGACAGACAGACAGACAGACAGACAGACAGACAGACAGACAGACAGACAGAUAGAUAGAUAGAUAGAUAGAUAGAUAGAUAGAUAGAUAGAUAGAUAGAUAGAUAGAUAGAUAGAUAGAUAGAUAGAUAGAUAGAUAGAUAGAUAGAUGUUCUUCCUAUACUGUCACUGCCACUGCUUCAGUUAUUGAAAACCCACUUACCUCCAAUGUACCAAUGUACAAUUUUAAAUGGCAUAAGUCCAAUAUAUCAAAUCUAUAAGAUAUGUGUAGUAAUGAAAUAUCAUUAAUAUUACAGAAAAGACAAAAAAAAAAACUCAAAUUCAUGCUGCACUGCUUUUAACUUUCAAGGCACUAUGAAAUAAAAACAAAAUGUUUACCAAAACUAAA